AUGAUCGCCUCCCGUCUGAGUCGAGCUCUGCCUCGCGCAUCACAAGCCUCCCGCCUUUCAUCCAUCAAAGCUCCCAGAUCUUCAGUCUUCUCCAGAUAUGCCUCGACCGAAGCCCCUGAAGGCACCGAGAAGGUCAAGGGCCAGGUGAUCGGUAUCGAUCUCGGUACCACCAACUCUGCGGUGGCCAUUAUGGAAGGAAAGCAGCCUCGCAUAAUAGAAAACGCCGAAGGCACAAGAACUACACCUUCGGUGGUCGCGUUCGCUGCCGAUGGUGAGCGUCUGGUUGGUGUCGCUGCGAAGCGUCAGGCUGUCGUCAACCCUGAGAACACGCUCUUUGCGACCAAGCGUCUUAUCGGUCGCAAGUACUCCGAUCCCGAGUGCCAGCGUGAUAUCAAAGAGGUGCCAUACAAGAUUGUCCAGCACACCAACGGUGAUGCCUGGCUCGAAGCUCGUGGCGAGAAAUACUCGCCAUCCCAGAUUGGUGGCAUGGUCCUGCAGAAGAUGAAGGAAACUGCUGAAUCGUACCUCGGCAAGACCGUGAAGAACGGUGUUGUCACUGUCCCGGCCUACUUCAACGAUAUGCAGCGUCAAGCCACCAAGGAUGCUGGCCAGAUCGCUGGUCUCAACGUCCUCCGUGUUGUUAACGAGCCUACUGCUGCUGCCCUUGCCUACGGUCUGGAGAAGGAGGAUGAUAGCAUUAUCGCCGUCUACGAUCUCGGUGGUGGUACUUUCGAUAUCUCUAUCCUGGAGAUCCAGAAGGGCGUGUUCGAGGUGAAAUCGACCAACGGUGACACCCACUUGGGUGGCGAGGAUUUCGAUAUCACGCUUGUUCGCCACCUCGUCCAAGCAUUCAAGAAAGAGUCUGGUAUUGACCUGUCCAACGACCGCAUGGCUAUCCAGCGUAUCCGUGAGGCUGCUGAGAAGGCCAAGAUUGAGCUGUCGUCUUCCCUCCAGACUGACAUCAAUCUGCCCUUCAUCACUGCCGACGCCUCCGGUCCCAAGCAUAUCAACAUGAAGAUGAGCCGUGCCCAGCUGGAACAGAUGGUCGACCCCUUGAUCAGCAAGACCAUUGAGCCCGUCCGCAAGGCCUUGAAGGAUGCCAAUCUCCAGGCUAAGGAGAUCCAGGAGGUCAUCCUGGUCGGUGGUAUGACUCGUAUGCCCAAGGUCACUGAAUCUGUCAAGAGCAUCUUCGGCCGUGAUCCUGCCAAGGCUGUCAACCCGGAUGAGGCUGUUGCCAUCGGUGCUGCCAUUCAGGGUGCUGUCCUUGCUGGUGAGGUCACUGAUGUCUUGCUCCUCGACGUUACUCCUCUGUCCCUUGGUAUCGAGACUCUUGGCGGUGUCUUCACCCGCUUGAUCAACCGCAACACCACCAUCCCCACGAAGAAGUCCCAGGUCUUCUCCACAGCUGCCGACUUCCAGACUGCUGUUGAGAUCAAGGUCUUCCAGGGUGAGCGUGAACUCGUGCGCGACAACAAGCUCCUGGGCAACUUCCAAUUGGUUGGCAUUCCUCCUGCUCACCGUGGUGUUCCCCAGAUUGAAGUCACCUUCGACAUUGACGCCGACUCGAUUGUCCACGUUCACGCCAAGGACAAGUCCACCAACAAGGAUCAGUCCAUCACCAUUGCUUCGGGCUCCGGUCUGUCUGACUCCGAGAUCCAGAACAUGGUUGAUGAUGCCGAGAAAUACGGGGCUGAGGAUAAGGAGCGCAAGGCUGCCAUCGAGGCUGCCAACCGUGCUGACAGUGUCUUGAACGACACUGAGAAGGCCCUCACCGAGUUUGAGGACAAGCUCGACAAGACCGAGGCCGAGGCCAUCAAGGAAAAGAUCAGUGCUCUGCGCGAGAUUGUGGCCAAGAACCAGAGCGGCGAGGGCAACCUCUCCGCCGAGGAUAUGAAGGCCAAGAUUGAUGAGCUCCAGACCACUGCGCUCACUCUGUUUGACAAGAUGCACAAGGCCCGGUCAGAGGAGUCCGGCCAGCAGCAACAGACACCCCCCGAGGGUGAGGGCGAGAAGAAGCCCUGA